AUGUCUCGCCUCGCCACGGCUGUUGCCAUUGUAAUCGCUUCCAUUUCCAUCCUCAUCAUCAGCAUCGCACCCAGCUUCAACCACACACUGUCACAAACCCUGUCAAGGGCCAUCAAGCUCAGCAUUUUCAGCAAACCAAGCGACCAGCCCAUGCUCAAGUCGGCCGCCAACAUGUCCAAGUCGGUCCUCCGCAACGCCAAGAUCACGCCGCACCGGUCCGGCACCCGCGGCCACAGCGACCACGGCUGGCUCAACACGUACCACAGCUUCUCCUUUGCCAACUGGUACCACCCAAACUUCACGCACUUUGGGUCCCUCCGCGUGCUCAACGAGGACCGCGUCAAGGCCGACUCGGGCUUCCCCACGCACCCGCACCGCGACUUUGAGAUCUUCAGCUACAUCCUGUCCGGGGAGCUGACGCACCGCGACUCCAUGCUCGCCAAGGGCAGCGAGGGCGGCCAGUCGGACAAGUUCUACCGCAUGCACCGCGGCGACGUGCAGUUCACCACGGGCGGCACGGGCAUCGCCCACUCCGAGUUCAACGAGCACAAGCGCGACACGGUGCACUUCCUGCAGAUCUGGGCGCUGCCCUGGAAGAAAGGGCUCGCGCCGCGCUACCACACGCGCCACUUUGACGACGAGGCCAAGCGCAGGGGCUUCGUCAAGAUCCUGAGCCCGCUGAAGGGCGGGAAGGACGCCACGGCCCAGCAGGAGAAGGACGCCGAGCCCGUCGUCGAGGGCAGCAUUCCCAUCCACGCCGACUUCGCCAUGGGCGCGGGCAUCGCCGCGCCCGGCAAGGCGUUUGAAUGGGUCGUCGGGGCGGAUGCCACCGAGCAGAACGGGAGAAAGGUGUUUGUGCACCUGCCCAUGCUGAAGGGGGGCAAGGCCAAGAUCCGCCUGGAUGGGCGGGAGGACGCCGAGCUGGACGAGGGCGACGGCGCGUUUGUGGAGGGCGUCUUUGCCGGCGACAAGUUGGUCGUGGAGAGCAUUGGGGAGGAGGAGGCAGAGGUUAUUGUUUUGGAUACUGCUUAG